AUGGAAGCAAGCGAACAGUCCAGGCUGGAAGAGCUAUAUCGCGAAGCACUCGAGCGCAAUGACGAUGCAACGAGACGCCUGAGCACACUGUUGGGACAGGAAAAUGAGCGUCCUCGAGGAACGCGCCUGCGUACUGCUGUCUCUAGGCAACAGAGGCUCGCGUCUCAUCUCGAGAUUGUUCGAUCGAGCAAUUACAACGACAACAUCCAGAUCUUGGCGAAAUAUAGCGAGCAAGUUGGAGCUGUCCCAGACCUGACGAAUUUUCAUGAUGACUACGAGGCAGCAGCUUCGCACGCAGGACAACAUGGUGUUGAUGCAGACUCUCGAGCGUUCGAAAAUGCUGCAAUUAAUGCCGAGAUCGAUGGUUUACUUCACACCACGAAGACUCUGACCUCAGAUCUGGAGCUUGCUCUCAUCAAAGCACGUCAACGUCUCAAGCAUGAGAGAGCAUUACUGGACAAUAUUCGUGGUCAGUAUCAGUUGCAGCAACGAGAUUCUUCGCCAAGUGGUACAGGAGCAAUAUCGAAGCUUCAAGCUCUUGAAGUUACGAGGUCGGAGCUUCAGGCAUGGAUCGCAGAUAGCCUUGCAAAGUGCGAGCAGACACCAGAUAUGCCACCUGAUGUGGACGUAUCUGCACUGAGCGGCAUGUCUCCAGCACGAGAAUUAUUACAGCAAGAUCUCGAGGACAAAUAUGAAAGCUAUGUCACUUCAAGGGCGCGCCUGUUAGGCGUGGUCAGAGCAUUGAAAAUGCCGCUUGAACCAUUGACGUCGGGUGAGGCACAGGCUCAUCAACGUGAAUCGAUGAAACACGAUCGACCUGGUCCCGGACAUAGGACAGCGAGCUCUGUCAGUGGACAUGGUUUCAUUCCAAGACCGUCGCUUUCAGGAUUGCAGUACGAGGAUUUGCAAAACUAUUCUCUCGAGAAACUUUUGAAUAUGCACUCGAUGCAUUUUCAAGAAUGUACUCAGAAUCAUGAUUUCAGACUCUCGCAGCUACUCGGACUGCUAAACCACGAAAGCCACCUACUUCCAGCUCAUACUGCACACGAUCUCGAGGGCAGUGUCAACACCACAACGUACAAUCACAAGCAAAGACAAGUCGAUCAAUUGCUCCGAGCAUGGGCAUCCUCUUCACACACAGCAAGUCGCGUCCUCAAUCAGGGACUUGAACGUCAUGUUGAGGCUGCGAAAGUUGCUUUGACAGGUGCUGACGACGUCGUCGAAGAGCUGGGUAUUAUGCAUGAGAUGAAAAGAGAGGUGCUUGGUUGA